AUGACCACCUACCACCACGUGUUCCCGAAUCGGGAGGUCCAGGUCAUGUGCCGGAACCAGGUCAAGGUCGUCCAAGAGGGAGUCCUUGCGAGGCAAAGCUUCCCUUCUUUCAGCCGGCACUUUGAAUGGCCAAGCACGGCAGGGGCAGACGUCAGCCGGAGCCAUGGAGGCGGCCAUCAAGCAGUGCCUGAAGAUACCGCAGGAUGGCUUGGCCAGAGGGCGGCACGCCGAACUGUGUCAGCUGAGAGGCUGCGGUUCACCCCCAGCAGCCCCUCUGCAGAUGCCCCUGCAGCCCCCGAGCCAGCGCAGUUGGGGCUUUGCUCAGGACUGCAGCCCGGGCCCGCAUGGGGCGCUGUUCCUGCGAUGCCCGACUUGGAAGGACGAGGCCCAGGCACAGAAAAGGUGGAAGAGGCAAAGCCAGAGGCACCGUCCGGAUUGCUUGGAUCGAUCAUUGAGGAUGUCGCCCAACUGAGUGCUCAGGUUGACAAGCUCCUCAGCCGGCGUAAGGAUGUGCUGAAAGGUACUGGACCUCGGUACUGCGCCAGGGCCAGCUCCGAUGUGAGAGACGCAGCGCUUGAGCUUUCACGAAGUGACUCGAGCGCAGCGGAAGGAGACGCCAUCGGUUACAAAGGGGGCAGCAACUCAGCCGGCGCCAGAGCCUCUGGUGGAGUUUGA